GCUAAACUAUUAAAAUUAAUUAUUAAAACUAGUGAAAAUAUGGUUAAAAAACGCAAUGUGCUUACGAUGAAAUAUAAAAUGAUACUGAAAGGAAUUUUCAUGUGUUCAAUGUUUAACGUCAGGUUUUGAAACCUAACCUCACUUUCUAGUGGAAUCUUGAGUGGUAGUGAGUCAAUUCAGUGGAAUAGAAAUUUCUACUGAUUUGCUGUAGAUUCUGAUUCUUUUGAAUGCGCGUUUCAUAUUUUUGUGAAGUCAAUUCAGAAAAAUAGAUUCUCUUGAAAUUUUGGUGGUUCCCGUGGAAUAGAGCUCCGAGGUAAAUUCGCCUAUUAAGAAGAAUCCAACUUUUGAAUUCUUUUCAAUUCUACGCUUCUUACCGGGAGAAAUGAACAAUGAAGAUAAAGGUGGAAUUCAAUGUUCAACUUUAAAUAAAUCCAAAGAGGUCGAAAAUUAAAGAAUGGUGGUAAAUUUUCUGGUACAAUAACGACAAAUAAUGGUGUGGACGUGUCAGUAAUUUUUGAUUUACCCACAAAACAUGUUGUGAAAUCAAAGAUGGAAGUUGGAAGUUACAAAAAAUUUUGUGGGUUUGAUCCUGGUGCGAGGGCGACCAUGGCUGGCGUCAGUAGAGAAAACGAUCCUAAUCCAACAACUAAUGUAAAAAAGGAUUCAUCUAUUUACAUUGGUAGUUGGAUGAUGAGAUGGCAGAUGGGCGACUACAGAAGAAGAGAAUUAAUGAAAAAAAUGUAUAGACAUGCAAAAAUAUUACAAGCAACUUGCUGAGGAUCCAUUGAUAGAAAAUUUUUGCAUGACUAAUCCUCGAGAUCGCCAUCGCAUAACAAAAUAUAGAAUACAUCUUUUAAAAAAUUUCCAAGCAAUUCAUCAAAAAAGAUCCGUAACGCGUUUACAAAUAGAUCAAUAUGCAGCACAAAAGCGACAAGUUGAUCAACUUGUAAAUUGGAUAGUAUGUGAUACAAAGAAGAAACCCUGUUUCGUUGCUAUUGGUGGAGCAGAAAUACCUAAUUUUAUCAAGGGAUACACUAAAGCUCCUUCGAAACGUAUUCAACAAACUCUUUUCCAAAGAUCAGAAGAAUUAGGAAAAGAUAAAUUGCAAGUCGUGAAAGUAAAUGAGUUUAAUACAACAAAAAUGUGUAGUCGCUGUGUGAAACCACUUAAAAUAUCAAAAAGUCCCUAUCGGUACACUUAUUGUGUGAAAUGCAAAACAACGUGGGAAAAAGACGUAAAUGCAGGGAGUAAUAUUCUUAAUCUUCCACUUGUUCAAGAGAAAAUCAUACCAAAGGAUUCCAUAAAAAAUCACCAUCUAUUUCGGAUCAAGAAUGAUGACAUUGAACAUGAGGCUGCAGAAUUGCAGAAAUAAUUUUUCCCAUCACUUUCAACAUUCAUUUUUAAAUCACUAAGUAAAUCUCUUGAAGUCUUGAAUGACAUUGAAAAGGAGGAACCUCGACAACCGGAAAAACAAUUUUCAACGAUGGACAAUAUACUGCUUAAUUGUGGAAAUAAUUUAACAAAAACAUUAUUCGGUCCUGGUGGUGAUGGCUGUUAUGCCAUUGUACAUACCGGGGAUCUCUUACGAGAUCAGAACCAGCUGUAAAAGGCAUACCAGGUUUUUUAAGAAAUUAAAAAACAUGCUACUUCUUUUAUUG